UAGCUCAUCUUGGCGGCGAAGACAGAGCGGCAAGCGCCGUCCGCGGCCGGAGCCUGGUUUUCGAGCUCUCUUUCUCCCUGCGCCUGCCUCUUCCCUCGUUCCGGCUUGCAGUUCGCGGCGGCGGCGGCGGCGCCCUUCUCCGUGCCGGCGGACGGGCGCGGGGCUCGUGCAUUAUUAUUCCCUCCCCCGCCCCCUCCUCCUUCUCCAGCCCUCUGGUGUCUCCCCGGCCGGCUCUAUGGCUCUGUGCAAUGGAGAAGCCAAGUUGGAGAAUGCUGGAGAAGAUCUCAAGGAUGGUAUUUGCCGCUACGAGGGAGCUGUAGUAAUACUUGAUGCUGGUGCUCAGUAUGGGAAGGUCAUUGAUCGUCGAGUCAGAGAACUGUUUGUCCAGUCAGAAAUUUUCCCUUUGGAAACUCCUGCCUUUGCAAUCAAAGAACAAGGAUUUCGGGCUAUCAUCAUAUCUGGAGGACCAAAUUCUGUUUAUGCAGAAGAUGCUCCCUGGUUUGACCCAGCAAUAUUUACGAUAGGCAAACCUGUUCUUGGAAUUUGCUAUGGCAUGCAGAUGAUGAAUAAGGUAUUUGGAGGUACAGUGCACAAAAAAGACGUUCGAGAAGAUGGAGUCUUCAACAUUACUGUAGAUAACACAUGUUCACUAUUCAGGGGACUCCAGAAGGAAGAGAUUGUUCUUCUCACCCAUGGAGAUAGUGUAGAUAAAGUGGCAGAUGGAUUCAAAGUGGUUGCACAAUCUGGAAAUGUAGUAGCUGCUAUAGCAAAUGAAUCUAAAAAACUGUAUGGAGCACAGUUCCAUCCUGAAGUUAGCCUUACAGUGAAUGGAAAAGCAAUGCUGAAAAACUUCCUGUAUGAUAUUGCUGGGUGCAGUGGCACUUUCACAGUUCAGAACAGAGAACAGGAAUGCAUUCGAGAUAUCAAAGAGAAAGUAGGGUCAUCAAAAGUUCUGGUUUUACUCAGUGGAGGUGUAGAUUCCACUGUGUGUACAGCUUUACUGAACCGUGCUUUAAAUCAAGAGCAAGUGAUUGCAGUGCACAUAGAUAAUGGAUUUAUGCGCAAGAGGGAAAGUCAGUCUGUGGAGGAGGCACUCAAAAAAUUGGGAAUUCAAGUAAAAGUGGUAAAUGCUGCUCAUUGGUUCUACAAUGGUACAACAACUUUGCCCAUCUCUGACGAAGACAGAACUCCACGAAAAAGGAUCAGCAAAACACUGAAUAUGACUACAAGUCCUGAGGAAAAACGCAAAAUUAUUGGUGACACCUUUGUGAAGAUUGCUAAUGAAGUUAUUGGAGAAAUGAACCUGAAGCCAGAGGAAGUCUUCCUUGCCCAGGGAACCUUGAGACCUGAUCUCAUUGAAAGUGCAUCUCUUGUUGCUAGUGGCAAAGCAGAAGUUAUCAAGACUCAUCACAAUGACACAGAGCUCAUUCGAAAAUUAAGGGAAAAGGGCAAAGUAAUAGAACCACUGAAGGAUUUCCAUAAGGAUGAAGUGAGAGUGCUUGGGAGAGAACUAGGUCUGCCUGAAGAGCUGGUCUCCAGACAUCCAUUCCCAGGUCCUGGCCUUGCAAUUCGAGUAAUAUGUGCUGAAGAACCAUAUGUUUGCAAAGAUUUCCCUGAAACUAAUAACAUUCUGAAAAUCAUAGCGGACUUUUCUGCAAGUGUUAAAAAGCCUCACACUCUAUUGCAAAGGGUCAAAGCUUGUACAACUGAGGAAGACCAGGAGAAAUUGAUGCAGAUCACAAGUCUACAUUCAUUGAAUGCCUUCUUGCUACCAGUCAAAACUGUGGGUGUACAGGGUGAUGGUCGUUCCUACAGUUAUGUGUGUGGGAUCUCCAGUAAAGACGCUCCACACUGGGAAUCCCUUAUGUUCCUAUCCAGACUUAUACCACGCAUGUGUCACAACAUAAAUCGAGUGGUCUAUGUGUUCGGCCCGCCAGUCAAAGAACCUCCCACAGAUGUUACUCCCACUUUCCUGACGACAGGCGUCCUCAGCACGUUGCGGCAAGCUGAUUUCGAGGCACAUAAUAUUCUGAGGGAGUCUGGUUAUUCUGGAAAAAUCAGCCAGAUGCCAAUAAUCUUAACACCAUUGCAUUUUGAUCGAGAUCCCUUACAGAAGCAGCCUUCCUGUCAAAGAUCAGUGGUUAUUCGAACCUUUAUUACUAGUGACUUCAUGACUGGUAUUGCAGCAACUCCUGGCAAUGAGAUACCAGAAGAGGUUGUGUUGAAAAUGGUGACAGAGAUUAAGAAGAUUCCUGGCAUCUCCCGGGUGAUGUAUGACUUGACUUCAAAACCACCAGGAACAACUGAGUGGGAGUAAUUACCCCCCCCCAACCACACACACACACACACACACACACACACACAACAAAAGUACUGUAUGCAGUUUUAAAUUAUAUCAGAAACCAUUCCCCAGUGUUGACAUGCAGUGCUGUGAAAAGAGUGACUGGAGCUGCUGCUACAUGACAUGUGAUAUUUUUUUUUUCUUUUCUCUCCUGGAGCAUAAUCUGCAAAUUAAGAGUGAUGAUGUUGGGUGGGCAGGGGAGGGAAGUAAGGUAAGUGGGGCUGAGGAUAUGUACGGGUAAAUAAUUAGGGCAGUUAUGCCUAAGUGCAGAUAGAUCCAUAUUGCUUUGCCUUUUCUGGUGGGGGAGAAUCUUAACUGUCUCUUCCUGUUUUUCAUGUGUUUUUACUGUUAUGUCAUUUCAAUGUCUCUCUCUCUCUCUCUUUUUUAAUUUUUUUUGUAUACUGUAUAAAAAGAGGCAAGUUUAUUUACAUUUACCGAAACCAUUGUUAGAGCUUAUUAAUAAUGUAAAAUGAAGAAGAAAAAGUGACCAACUGCUUUUGAAACAGAUUUAUUAUAAAUAAAUAUUUUGCCAAAUGGAGUAGUGGGUAUUGUUGAAUUGUGGAAUCAAUGUAUAUUUGUUUGAUGUAUACUGUUAGCCCUGUUCCAUAUUGUUUGAAGUAUUAAGCCCAGGGCAGAGUGUAGACAUUCUAAACAGCUGGCACUCGGAUACUGACUACAUUUUCCCCCAUUCUCAUUUCCCCCUCCAUAAUAUUUUCAAAACAAAAUGCUUUUGUUUAAGAGUGUAAAGCAUAGAUUUUCCUCAAGAUGCAGUGCUGUUUAUAUUUAACAUGCAUCACUGAAGUGAGUUGCAAGAGAGCCUCACAUAAAUGAUGUGUACAGCUGAACGUGUGUUUUGUGGCUCAGAAAAAAUCAAAGUAACAACCCACAUUACAGCCAUCCACAUCUCUGUGCCCAUUUUUAUUUUUUGUCUUUAUACUGAAUUAAAAUUGGUUUCUAUUGGUUUAAAAUUUGAUAUGAGGCUGCUUUAUAAAGGCAAGGGAAAUCAUGAGUUUAAGGGGCACCCUUGGAAGGUGUGUUAAAACAUUGUGCUAUGUUGUUUGUGGUUUGGAUCAGGCUUAUCCAAUAAGAAUGCGGUUCUCUGUUCCUACAACUUGGAGAUUAGGCUACCAAAAAGUUAGAACACUUCCCCUCUCCAAUAAGUGUCAGGAUUCGAAGCUAGAUGCUUUGGGAUAUGUUUCCCCAUAGGCUAAAUUCAAAUAGAGCUGUUUCUACUGACUUGCAGUUUGUGUAACUGAAAAGGAGGGAUGUACCUAUUUAUUAUUAAGCAGAGAUAGGUCACUUCUGCAGUUUGAAAGGUCACAUUGACUCCCUCCCCUGGAAUUCAGCCUGGGAAUUUCUGGCACCAAAUUUGCUGCCACAAUUUCUGGGCAAAAAGUAUAUUUUCUUGCAAAGAGGGUACACAGGGAACAUGUAUGGUCAUUUGCAAGCAAAAUAAUGUUAACAAGAUAUAGAAAUGGUGUGUUCCUUAUGUGCCUUGUUUGUUUGCAAAUUGCUAUAUAUAUUUUUUAUGCCACCAUGGCAAAUUUGGGGGCAGGGAGUACACAAGUGGGCACUGUAGUGCAUACAUUGCCUACCUCUGUUGUAAAGAGUUCACCUCCUAUUAGGGCUGCCAUGAUUUCUGGCACCCAUUCUGAAUACCUCCCCAACUCAGCUGCGUGCUAAAAAUCAAGGCAUACCCCUAUCGGAUUUUUUAAAAUACUUCUCAAGGGUUUAAACAGCCCAGUGUAAUUGCACUCAUUAGCAGGAUACAGGCAACAAUUUGCCAUGUAAUAGCUACUUGGAAGCUCAUCUCACAACUCCUUCCACUUUGUGGAGAAGCAAUAAAAUAGCUGCUUCUGCUUAAUGUAAGACUUGAUGGCAAAAGACCUGUCAUUCAUGAUUUCAUCUAAGCUGAGACACUGUCCUUGCGUGAAUUGCCAGGAUAUGGCUGGGUAGGAUGCUUAAGUCAGUAUUUGCCUGGACGGUCUCUGCUGGCCAAGUGCUUCAGCUUCUGCUUGGAAUAAUGCCUGAGGAAGAAGAAAUGCAGCCAAAGGGCUCACGAUGGCUAAAAAUCCACUGUGACCUAUUGAAACGGAUGCUCUUUGAAGGGCUAGGACAAGAUGAGGGCAUCCUUCUCUGUACUGACUACAUUGCUGUGCCACAAAAUCAUUCACUACCUUCUCAAGAAGCUUCCAGUGGAGACCUUGCAACAUUUAUACGUGCACUUUUCCUCCAGGCCACGGUGUGCAAUCCUAUUGCUUUCCUCUAGCCCAAGGUUUGGAAAUGGCUGUGUUCAAGUGAAUGGAUUGUAGUCUAUACGCAUUGCCUACCAGGAAUAUCUCUGUGUGCUUGCUUGUGCCACUUAAGGCAAAUAAUCAUACACAAGUCUAGCUCCUCCUGGGAGAUAGAAACCUAAAUUGCAGAAGGUAGACUAUACCGCAUCAUGGUUAUUCAAGUCCAUAGCAUCAGAAUGCUUCUGCAACUUACUGUUGUGUCUUACAUUGAGGUUACGGCAUUUGCCAGUAGCACCUUUCUUCAGUUUAAAACGUGGCCAUUGUAAAUCCUCUUUUAUGCUUUAAAUGCAAUCCUAUCAUAACUAUGACACAACCUGGAAAAAGUAGUAUAGUAUCUGCUUGCAUCCAUAUCAGCCAGAGGUUCAGCUCAGUGGCACCUCUAAUGAUGACCAUUACAGCUGGAGAUACAGUCCUUUGUUUUCAUAGCCUUGUUUUCAUUGUAUUAGGUGCACAGCAUAGCCAAAUUCCCCUAGGAUUUCUAUCUUAGCAAAUGUGUAAAUUUUGACACUCCUGGAUUAUAGCUUGUUACACUUGCCUUUAAAUAAGAUUCAUGAAUAAACUUUAUACAAAAAAAUAUGCCAGAGCCGGAAGUAAAUGUGUAAAAUGUUUUGCAUCAUAAGCAAAUUGUUACAUUUUAAUCAAGAUACCAGUGUUGUAUGGAACAGGGUUUUAAAACAUAAACAUGUGCAUACAAUGUGCAUACACAUCCAUGUGCAUCUAUUCAGUUUGUAAGGGAAAUGGAAUGUGGAGUAUACUUGCACUGCCAGACUGCCAGUCUUUGAAUGUAUUUCAUGGUGUUAAUUCAUGUAAUCUUAGCCAGAUGCAGAAACAGAGAUAACUGUCUUGUUGUGGUCCAGAAGGGAAUGUAUACCAUGUAGGGUAUGAAUGCAGUUGCUCUUGUUCAGUUUGUUCACCCUUCAUUCAGUAAGACGUCAACGUUUUCAAAGGAAUUUGUAUAGGGAAUAAUUCCAAGCAUUCUCCUUCCCUCCCUCCCACCUUCUGUCUUUUUUUUUUUUUUUAAGAAAAGAAACCCAAUGCGUACAUUUUCUGCUUGUAAAUGAUAAAACUACUGUGAGCCUUAAUUUUUAUCCACAAAUAAAAAUUACCCAUUUGGA